UAUAAGCUGGACUGUGACAUGAGACCAUGAGCCCAGCCCUCCAGGAGUCACCGAGAGCUUCUUCCAGGAGCUGCCACCAUGUCGGGGAAAUUUGAGAUCAUGAACAUGGACAUGAAGGUGGGGUCAACCCUGAAGAUCAAAGGCAAGAUCGCCGAUGAUGCUGAUAGCUUUGUGAUUAAUCUGGGCCAGGGGACAGAUAAACUGAACCUGCAUUUCAACCCACGCUUUGGCGAAUCCACCAUUGUCUGCAACUCACGGGAUGGCAGCUGGGGACAGGAGCAACGAGAUGAUCACAUGUGCUUCAGCCAAGGGUCAGUGGUCAAGAUCGUUGUAACCUUUGAGGACAACAAAUUCAAGGUGAAGCUGCCAGACGGACACGAGCUGACCUUUCCCAACAGGCUGGGCCACAGCCACCUGAGCUACCUGAGCGUUCAAGGCGGGUUCACCAUCUCCUCCUUCAAGUUAGAAUGAGGGCAGCCCCUCGCCAGUACGCAAGACCCUGGCGCCCGAUUCCCUAGCCCGAGCUUCACCCCCCCUCACCUUCACUCAAGACCAGCAGCCCUAGGGGCACGGCUUCCCCUCUGCAGCUCCCAGCCCCGUCCCCGCCGGCCC